GUGGCGGCUGCUGUUUCGAGGGAAGCGCAGAGCAGCGCCGGAGGCUGAGGGGAAGAGAGAGAGAGAGAGAGAGUGUGUGUGUGUGUGUGUGUGUGUCUUAAAGCCGCCGACACCAGCACCGCUCACACACCAGAGGCGCUGACACUCACUCUGACAGGCAAGCUGAACCUGGGCAGGAGGAAAGUUCAGCAACAAGAAAGUGUUUCGCCGCAACAAAAGGGGGCAUCGCGGCGGCGACGACGACGACCGGGUAGUUCUGGCCGCACAGGAGCAACAAUGCCGACCAUGAUCGAGAAAGGGCCCGAGGUCUCGGGCAAGAGGAGAGGCAGGAACGGGGCGAAAAGUUUUCCUGCGGCGGCGGCAGCAGCAGCAGCGGCCCCGGCGGCGGCGGUGGUGGCAGCGGCGACGACGACGACCAACGGCAACAACUCGUGGGAAGAAGCGAGCAGCGGCUCGGAUGACGAGCACGGUGGAGGAAUGCGAGUGGGCUCCCAAUAUCAGGCGGUUGUCCCUGACUACGAUCCUGAGGUUGCAAAGCAUUGUCAGGAAAGGGAGAACCUUGGAAUGCUGGUCUGGUCACCUAAUCAGAAUAUCUCAGAAUCUAAAUUGGAUGAGUACAUUUCAAUAGCCAAAGAGAAGCAUGGCUACAACAUGGAACAGGCUUUAGGUAUGCUUUUUUGGCACAAACACAAUAUUGAGAAGUCCUUGGCUGACCUUCCAAACUUCACACCAUUUCCAGAUGAGUGGACUGUGGAGGACCGGGUCCUCUUUGAACAAGCAUUUAGUUUCCAUGGGAAAACCUUCCACAGAAUUCAGCAAAUGUUGCCUGACAAAUCCAUAGCUAGCCUGGUAAAGUUCUAUUACUCAUGGAAGAAGACACGGACCAAGACCAGUGUAAUGGAUCGUCAUGCUCGUAAACAGAUGAAAAGGGAUAAGGAAGGGAGUGGUGAUGAGAUUGAAGAAUCCAAUGCAAAUACAACCAAUAUUGUUGACAGCGAAAUUGAGCCAAGCAAAGAGGCAAAAAAAGAGCAGGGAUCUCAAACUGUGAAAAGUGUCCCACCCAAGAAAGAGACACGUACUGUCCAAGGAAAGCAAAGAAUAAGUCAGAAGCCUCCAAGAGGGAUGUUCCUGAUUCAAGAGGAUCUUGAUGCAUUGUCCACAAGUUCUGGUGCUGCUAGCACUGUUCUCAGACAGCUUGAUAUGGAGUUGGUCUCACUUAAACGUCAAAUCCAAAAUGUGAAACAGAUAAAUGGUGCUCUCAAACAAAAAUUAGACGGUGGGAUAGAGGAAUUCAAGCCACCUGAGGCAAAUCAGAAAAUUAACGCUCGUUGGACAACUGAAGAGCAACUACUGGCUGUGCAGGCAAUAAGAAAAUAUGGCCGGGAUUUUCAAGCCAUUUCAGAUGUAAUUGGCAAUAAGACAGUAGUACAAGUGAAGAACUUUUUUGUGAAUUAUCGCCGUCGUUUCAACCUUGAAGAAGUUCUGCAGGAGUGGGAAGCAGAACAUGGUAGCAGAGAAGAAAAUGGAAGCAUUGCUGAUAAACCCCAAAAGUCUCCAGAUAUUGCUACUAAACUUUCUGAGGAGGAGGAAGAGGCUCCUUCUGUGCUUGAUGUAAGAUAUCAUUCUGCAUCAUGAGAGUGAUGCACAAUAGGUGAUCUGAACAUGCUAUGUUGACUACUGUUUAGUCCAGGUUAUCCAAUGAUGCCAAACUUCAACCAACCACCUCCACAAACUCACCAGGACCAGCUAGCUUAACACCAAAAAAGCUACAAUGUUCACAAAUGGACGCUUCUGCCUUACCCUGCCUCUGCCACCAGGACAGCUUCCACUAUUCAUGGAAGUCAUAGAAAAACCUUUGAUUUGACAUCCUCCUUCAAAAACAAAAUGGGAAUUCACAGAAAUGUUUGUGAAUAUCUAUUUUCUUCACUUAAUCAGUUCAUGACUAAUGUCUCCAGGGCAUUGAUAAUUUGUAUAUUUUUGGAACCGUGACUGCCAUCAGAUGCAUCUUUUAUUAUUUUCCUCACGGAUGUUUUAUGAUUUAAUGUGAAUGCCAUGAUUGUAUAACAUAUAACUGGCAUACAGGAAAUGGACGUCUGGACUGCCUCUAAAUUAUUGGGUACUUAAACUGUAUUUUGGACUGUGUAUUGUAGACUUUAAACAUACCUCCCAGUCUGAGGAAACUUGAAGGUAAAAUAGGGCCUUUUUAUUAGCAUAUUCAUGAAAAGAAAAGGAUCUUUUUUAUUUAAGUUGCAUCUUUUUUUGCUGUACAGUAUUUUAGAGUAAUACUUCUGCAUCAUGUAUGGAGAGACUUUUUACUUGAAUAUUGCAGUUAUUAGAUUGAAACUGAUCAUAUUCAGGUACUGUAAAUGGUGGCACAGCUAAACUGUUGAACUCGUUGCAUAAUCUGUUGUGCUGACCAUGUGGAGUUCUUGCUUAUUUAGCAUGGUAUGGGUUAAGCACAACAUGCUAUACAGACCCACUGGGUUCAUUAAAGUCAUUUGAGUCUAUGCAUGUUUCUGUGUAAGAAUGGGUGUUUACAAUUUCUACAUUAAUAUUUACCUGAAAUUCAAACCCUUAUUAGUCCUUUCUGGGAGUAAUCCCAGUAUUUAGAAUUUUCUAAAUUAAGUUUGUUAAAUUUGCUUUAUGGGUUGCUGCUGAUAUAUGUAGUGAUGUUUGCCAGAAUUUAAAAAAAAAAUAAGGAUUUAGUUUGCAAUAAAUUGGGCAUGUUUUUUAUAUAGCCUCUUGAUGUGCUCAAUAGGAUGAUGUUCUUUUUUAAAAAAAAAAGUCAGUGUGUUUAUAUUGCAGAUUUAUAUUUUAUUGCCUGUUACUGCUAAUUUUAACUGAGAUAAUUAUGUGACUAUUUCUAAGGUUUUAAGCAUUAUAUACCAUGGUUCCACAUUGAGAAAAGGUAAUAUUACAUACUGCUUUGAAUAUUGUGCAGGAUUCUUGUUAACCUUAAAUUUUUAAGAAACUUUAUUAUUUCAACAUUGCAUCCCUGCACCCAGGAAGAGUGGGAGAGAUGUUAAUCAUAGAACAGAGAAGAAACAAAGAGGAAAAUGGGAAAAUUGUAAAUGCCAUUUGUAUAAAAUUGUACUUCUAACUUCUCAAAAUGCACACGAGUUUUGCUACAGUAAAACAACAUUGAAAAUUUUCAGAAAGGAGAGUUAACUUCUUAAACCCCUCUAUUUUUCUAAGACUAAACUUGUAAAAAUGCUAGUAAGAUUCUGACAUGACUUUUUCUGCUUGUGAAGAUUGGAACAGUAACAUAAUAGCCAUAACCACAAAUAUCGAGUAGCCAACUAAUCAUGUUUUAUUGAUUGGGAGGGGCAAGAAUUGUGAAGCAUUUGACCUCAAAUGGAAAAUUGGUCAAAAUUUACAUUUUAAUUUGCUUGAAAUAACUUCUUGGAGUAAAAAAAACAAAUUACAUCAUUGAAUAAAACAUUCACAUUAGGUACUUGGACAAUUGCUGUGCUACAAACCACAUUAGACAAAACAAAAUUCUGUAUUGCACGUCAUGAAAAUACAUAAUUUUCCAAGUCAGAACAUACAGUAAUGCAUUAACUAAAAUGAAGGCAAUUGUUCAAAUGCUAUGAAAAAAAUGAUUUAAUAUGGGCAAAUUGUAGGGAUAGAGUGCCUUGUGUGCUGAGAAGUUUGAGGAACAAAUGGUCACCUCACAAGACACAGCAUUGUUUUUAGAAGUUCUGUUAUUUGUUUCACCUUUAAAUUUGAAACCCAAGUGGCUGUUUAAUUUUAAGCAAGCUUACAAUGGUUGUUUUUAUUCUUUCUAGAUUAUCUUCUUUGACUUGACAACCAACUAAAGUAACAUGAAAAGAAUGAUUAAAGAUAAAUAAACUAUUGUUUGAAACAAA